AAGAGCUUUGCAAACACGUAGUUAUAAUUUAUUAGUGUUUGCAUUUCUUGCGAACACGCAGUUAUUUAUCUCUGUAUUUGUUCGCUAAAGCGGCUAUCUAAAAUUUACAACAUAUGUUACAUUUUCUCUCUAAUGAAGUGGGAGCUCAUGGAGCUACAAUAAACAACAAAAAAGAAAAAAAAAACAGAAAAGUGCAAUAAAAAUAAUUAAUUAUAAUAACCUAGUUUAUAAUAGUAACAAGUGACAGCUGUGAGGAUAAUUGUUGCACGAAAAAAAGAUGUGAAUUACUACUUUAAAAUAUUGUGAACAUCAUCAGAAAGGCGAGACGAGGCGAUAAAGAAUAAUUAAUCAUGAUGACCCAUACAGAGAAAACGCUAAGUGGCAGCGUUCCUUCUGCCGCUCCAUUGGUGAAUAUGUUGAAUACCAAUUCAAAUGUGACCGCCGAGUCAGUGGAUACGGCUGCCAUUAGUGAUUACCUUGAGGUGAAUUUCGGCAACUUAAGCUCACAGUCGAAUAUGAGCUUGUUCAGUGCGCAGGGUAGAAGCCUUGUUGACAGAUUCACACGAAAUCGUGCUAUUAGCGACCAGUGGCACUACAUACUGAUAAGCAUAUAUGUAACAAUGAUUAUAUGCGGCACCGUUGGCAAUAUACUCGUUGUAAUAGCCGUUGCGAGAAAGCCAAUAAUGCGUACGGCGCGCAAUUUGUUCAUAUUGAAUCUGGCAAUUUCCGAUUUAUUAUUAUGCGUUAUAACGAUGCCAAUAACCUUAGUUGAAAUCCUCUCCAAGUACUGGCCUUUCGGAAUGUUUGAAUUUUUCUGCAAAUUGGUUGCAAUGUUGCAAGCAGUGAGCAUUUUCGUAUCGACGAUUUCAAUAACAGCCAUAGCCUUUGACAGAUAUCAGCUGAUUGUGUAUCCAACGCGGGAGAGUCUUCAAGUCGGCGGUGUCAUCAGCAUACUCGCCUGCAUUUGGCUACUGGCAGUGCUAUUGGCUAGCCCACUCUUUGUCUACAAGCAGCUGGAGGAAGCUGAAAUUCCGCCACUGCUGCAAGCACUGGGCAUCCAUGGUGUUUGUUUUUGUGUGGAAGAUUGGCCACUUAGCAACGGACGUUUCUACUAUUCAAUUUUUUCACUAUGUGUACAAUACUUGGUGCCGAUAGUGAUAGUUUCCGGUGCGUAUCUUGGCAUUUAUAGGAAACUGCAGAGUCGCAGCACUGUUGUGGCAAUGCAAACGCCACAACGUAAAGCCGAACGUGGACGACGUAUGCAACGUACAAAUUGCCUGCUAAUCACAAUUGCGCUAAUUUUCGGUAUUUCAUGGAUGCCCUUAAAUCUUUUCAAUUUAUAUGCAGAUAUGCGUAGUCCGGUAGCGGUGACGGAGAGUAUGCUAAUCGCCUAUGCGUUCUGUCAUAUGUUCGGCAUGAGUUCGGCCUGCACGAAUCCCUUGCUCUAUGGAUGGCUGAAUGACAAUUUCCGUAAAGAAUUUACAGAAUUAUUAUGUCGUUCUAAUGAAAACACUAAUGUUGCUCUUAAUGGUCAUACGACAGGGAGUGCACAGGCGCGUCGAAGACGAAAACUUAACGAAAUAUCCGGCAAAGGCGAUUUGAAGUUAUUGCACAACGGUAAUGGUGCUGGCGUUCGAGCUGCUCUCACCGAAUCUAUGGCGUUGACCGAAAAUCCCAUUUCAAUGGAGCUGACAACAAUUACAGCGGUUAAUUGACAGCUAAAACAUAAGAAACAAAAACAAUGACAACCACUAAAUAUUAAUUGUAAAAUUAGGCAAGUAGAACAUGUAAAUAUAUAAUUAUAAAAUAGUUUGCACUAAAUGUAUAUAACUUUAGGGCCGUUUUCUGAAGUAACUUUUAUAAGUUGAAAGCUCACUAUGUCCAAAGUUAAGCAUUGCAAUUAUCGGUUUAUGACCUACGUAUGUUUCUUGGUUGUAAACCACUUAAAACAGGUUACUUGAGAAAACGGCCGUUAGUAAAUUACUUUUUAUUCUAAGUGUUUUUUUAAAACAAGACUAGCAUUUGUACGUAUUUAUAAUUAAAUUAAGAAAUGACGGCAGAUCAACUCCUUUUAAAAGCUGAGCAAAGUGUUCUGGCAGUGGUUACAAUAUAUGUAUUUUUAGGCUUUUAAAUUAUUUUGAAAUAAUGUGUAAAUUUCUACACGUAUGUCAGACAUUUUGAUACUUAUUUUUUUAAAUUUCUUACGGAACUCAGAGAAAACAAU